AUGGAUCACAUGGAUGAAAUUGAUAUUAUUGACUGGGAUAGUAUAGAAAUUACUCCACUUGAAGAAUCACAGAUUGGUGCUCCUGAGAGCUUGAUGAAUGAAGAAACAAUGUUUCCAUUUGUUGGUCUAACCUUAGAGAAACCUAGUGAUGCAGCAGUAGAUGGAAUGAAUUAUGGUCCAAUUGUUGAUGAGGUAAUGGACAUACGAGUUCAUGACCAUAUUCCUAAUGAAGAGAGUGUAUUUUAUGAUAUGGAUGACCCUCCGAUGGAUGUUGGAACCAUAUACACAAAUAUGAAUGAUUUUAGGAAAGCAGUGAAGCAACAUGCUAUAAAGACUCAGUUUGAACUAGAAACAGAGAAAUCCAACCCAAAUUUGUUCAGGGGCUUCUGCAAAGCAGAGAGUUGUCUAUGGUCAAGUGUUGCUAGGUGGAUGAAAAAUGAAAAGCAUGUGAAGGUUUGUUUGAAUAAAGAUCCAAACAUGGGAGCAAUUAAGUUGCAAAAUGAGUUGCAGGAGAAGUAUGUCGCCACAAUUCAUUAUUCUACUACAUAUGCUGGGAGUGUAGUUGAGAUAGGGUUGAAAGAGACUGAAGACGAGGUGUACUUUCAAAGAUUUUUUUGUUGCUUCAAACCUAGUACCAAUGGCUUCCUAAAUGGGUGUAGGCCAUAUUUAAGUGUAGAUGCAACGACUCUUAAUGGUAGAUGGAAUGGACAGCUACUGGGUACUGUAUUAGAUGGCCACAACUGGAUAUUUCCACUUGCUUUUGGGUGGUUUGAAAGUGAGACCAAUGAAGAAUGGAUUUGGUUUAUGGAGCAGCUAAAGAGAGCAAUGGGAAGUCCACCUCAUUUAGCUAUUUGCUCAGAUGCAUGCAAGGGGUUGGAGAAUGUUGUGAAGGCGGUGUUUCCAUGA